GAUUCGUCACAUGCGCGCGCCUCUUCAUCAUAAUUGCAGACAGUUGGCUGCUGUUCAGGCCGAGUGGACUUGAAUGUGCCGCUGCCAGGCGUAAUCCGCGCAGACUGGAAGAUUUAAUAAUUCACGGUAAUAACGCAUUAUCGCCUCGGUGGUUGCUCUCUGCACAGCCCCGGUGAUUUUUUUUUUUCUUUCUCUCAUUUCUCCCCGUUGUCUUCUGGAGGAUUUAUCGACGGCCGCUUUUGUCAAAUCUGCCUCUUAUAUGAAAUAUCAUCUGUUGCUGCAACUGAAUUCGGAAAAAGCGCCCAUGACCGGCUCUGACACGCGCCUCGGACUGAGCUGAUGUGGACUGUGGAAUAAGAGGCAUUUCAAUCACCAUUUCAUAUUUGAUUCCAGGUAAAAUGGACGAAAAAUUGUUAUUACUUUUAUUACUUCUCUUAUCUCUCCACGCGAAGCUGUGAUUCCCCCCUCCAGUGUCCACCAUGAUCCUCCUACUCUGUUGAAUUGCCUUCUGAUCGAUUCGGAGCGAAUAAGCCGAAUAGCCGUAUUACAAGGCGAAUCUCGACGCGAAGUUAUAUUAAGGACACCGGGAUCGCGGGGGUCGCUCCCUCCCGUGCUUGUCAUCUGAUUGUGUUCCAUUUCAACUGAAGGGUAAAUGUUGAUGAUGGAGGACGACGAAUUGGACGCUCAUCAGGUUGAUUCGGAUUUCGAGCCGCAGAGCCGGCCUCGCUCGUGCACCUGGCCGCUGCCUUGUCCGGAGGACUUCCCCGGCGGACACGAGGUCAGCGGGGCUCUUGCGUUGGCCAACAUCAAGGUGGAACCGGAGGACGUCCCGGCUUGCAGAGCGGGGCUCGUGGGCGGAACGCCGGCGGAGCUGAAGCAUCCAGCCGGCGCCCCGGCACCCGCGGGCGCGACGCACCCAUGCCUGGCCGGCGCCGCGCUCGAUGGGACCGGACCGCUGCGCAAAGCCAAGUCGUCGCGGCGGAACGCGUGGGGGAACCAGUCCUACGCGGAUCUCAUUACCCGCGCCAUCGAGAGCACCGCAGAGAAGAGACUCACGCUGUCACAGAUCUACGACUGGAUGGUCCGUUACGUGCCCUAUUUCAAGGAUAAGGGCGACAGCAAUAGCUCAGCUGGGUGGAAGAACUCCAUCCGACACAACUUGUCCCUCCACACUCGUUUUAUCCGGGUGCAGAAUGAGGGGACUGGGAAGAGUUCCUGGUGGAUGCUGAACCCCGAUGGAGGGAAGAUGGGCAAGUCCCCACGCCGGAGAGCAGUCUCUAUGGACAACAGCACCAAAUACCUAAAAAGCAAAGGCCGUGUUAGAGGCAAGAGGGUUGGUCGUCCUGGGAUAGGAGCAGGAUCUGCUGUGGUGGGGCUCCAGAGCUCCCCCGACCAUGGCAGCCCACCACAGAAAGGCCUCCCAGGAGUUGGAGGUGCAACUGGGACAGAUGGAGAGUUUGAUGCUUGGACAGACCUCCAUUCCAGGGCUAGUUCAUCAGCCUCUACCCUGAGUGGGCGUCUGUCACCCAUCCUCGCUGAGGAAGAACCCGAGGAACCGGAGGAGGGUGGGCUAUCCUGUUCCACUUCCCCCCACCUCUACCCCUCACCAACCAGUGCCCGCUCCCCAUCCAUGGGGGCAGGGAAUCACUGUCCUCCCCUUGAGCAGCUGCCCCAACUGGCUAACCUGGCAGGUGCCAUCAGCCUGGAUGAGCAGCUCGUGGAGGAGAGCUAUCAUCACCAUCACCAACAACAGCAGCAACGCCAGCAGCAUCCGGUUGUUGGCAGACACAAGCACCAAACCCCUGUUUACCACUACAGCUCUGCAGUGAAGGGGCAGAGCUCUUAUGGUGCAGGCGUCUAUGGAGCAACAGGUAUGGGGUUGCUGUGCCACCACUCACCCAUGCAGACCAUUCAGGAGAACAAGCCAGCCAGUUUCUCUGGAACCAUGCGGGCAUACUCCAGCACCAAUGCCCUGCAGAGUCUGCUAACAGGGGGUCCUGCUGGGCAGCAAUACUGUUCCAAGGACAUGAUGCUGGGACAGGAGAGGGAAAGCCAUCCUAUGAUUGGUCAAGCUAGUAAUGGAGUAAGCUCCAACCAUCACAGCCACCACCCUGGUCACCACAAUGGCCACAGUCACAGCCACAAUGGACCUCAUAGUCACAGCUCAGCUCAUAACCAUAACAGAACUCACAGUCAUACUCCUAGUCAUAAUCACAACAGUGUAACCAACCACAACUCAACUCACAGCCUCUCUCACAACAGUCACAACCUCAACCAGAGCCAUAACCACACAACCCCCCGGGCUGCGGCUCUGGCCCCACGUGGCAACAGCAAUCAGCUGCAGACCUACAACCACAAAACUCCCUACCUGUACAGUCCCCCAUCACAUGCCCACCUCCCUGCCUCCACCACCCUGCCCCCAAACCCAGCAGGUAUGCUUGGCAUGCCCCAGGACUCCUGCCAUGUGGCCACCGCCCCACACCCCCGUCACAACCAUUACCCUGACCCACAACACCAAUGCAUGACAAAUGGACCUUACCACCAUGGCCCAGGGAUGGGAAAUGGUAACAUUGGCAGUCACUACCAUGGCUACCACCAACCGCACACCCAUGAGAGACUACCAGCUGAUUUGGACAUUGAUAUGUUCCAUGGUAGCUUGGACUGCGAUGUGGAGUCCAUCCUCCUCCAUGACAUUAUGGACUCUGGGGAGGAGAUGGACUUUAACUUUGACUGCUCCCUAGCCCAGGGCGUGGGUAUUGGCAUGGGUAUGGGCAUGGGUGUGACCAUGGGCAUGGGGAUGGGAAUGAGCAGUCUGGCCAGUCCACAGCAAGCCCAUAGCAACCAGAGCUGGGUGCCAGGCUGAAGUCUUAGACAACGCACCCUACCCCCAGAAAGAACUACCCCACCCAUGAAGCACUGUGCUCAACUGUGACACUCCUGACUUGACACAGAGACUAUACGACCAACAAUACCAUCUCUCUUUGUUGUCCUGACAGUUCUUCUGUCACCCCCUCCUCUUUUUAUCCCCCUACCCUCCAAGAGAUCUAGUUCAUGUCACAUUAGGUUUUUCCUCGUACUAGCUAUACUGUGAUGACAAUCUCUCAGCUGUGAUUGCCGAACAUCGCUUCUCAUCUACCAUGAGAACUGAACUCUCAAUGCACUUUAUUGCAAGUGGGUCACAUCUCACAGUGCAACACAUUCACAGAGCAACUCAGGCAGAGCUUGGCAUGUUUUGCAACGUGGCUGCAGGAUUUGAUUGGUAACAAAUGUGGGAUCAAAAGCUCCAUCGAUAAUAUAUCACAUCUUGGCAUUUAAUUAAAAUUGGACCCUGUUGGGUUCACAUUCUGUCAGUGGUGGGGAAAUAAUUUUUUUGCGUGCAACAAAUCACAAUUUGAUUCGAUUCUUGGUUUUUAUUCAGUGUUAGCUCAAAAUCUUUGACAAAUGAUUUUCCUCACCACUCACCUUAACAAAUUUAAUAUGAGUUAAUUUGAUAUUUUUCAAUUUAACCCUGAUUUUAGUAUUUAUACGAUAUUUUUAAUUUAUAUUUAAACAUAACUCUCUGACAUUCACUUAUUCAUUACUUCCAAUUAUCUCACAUCAGCAGUCCUGUUAUUUACACCUUCAUGCAUUCAGUCUUUGGCACUUUGACUUUUCUUUUGGAUGUACCAUUUUGUUAAUGACAUUUGGCCAUUGGUUGGAGAAUAUUCUCACUACAUCGUUAAACAGAUUCAAUCAUUACUGGCUAGCAUGCAAUUUGGUGAAUUAAAAUGUCAUACCACCUUGUCUCACCUGUUCUUCUUAUGCCACCCCCCCCCCCCUCUCUCUUUCUCUCUCUUUCUCUCUCUCUCUCUGUGUCUCCCUGUCUCUGCCUGCCAGUGGAGACAAAGUGGCCAUUUCUCACACCAGGCCAUUAAUGUGCUUUGAUUGAAAUUCAGCAUCUUGCUUUUAAUCUCCAAAGUGAUGUGGCAGCGAGGUGUCAUUAUUGAGAAUCUACCGCGUUGUCCUCCCAUUUCUCACCCCAGCUGCCCGGGCCGCCACUCGCCUCUCCAACUUAAUGUGCCAAGAAAGCAAGACAAAACUGUGAUUAACGCCAAGUCACUCUGCCUGCUGUCCUGCUCUGGGAAGGGCCAAUGUCAAUGUCCGCUUGCCUGCUCACAGAGGGUACAAAAUAAAGAAAAGAUGGAGACAAGGAUAGGACAAGUCUGUUGUUGCAGUGGGAUCAGUCAUCAGCCUCUGUUACCCAUGCUCAUUGGGCAUGUGUAUGAAAACAUGUGGUGUAAUCGUAUUGUAAAUCAUCCCCAUAUCUGUAUUUUUGUGUUCCCUUGUUCCCAUGUUUUCUGUGCUUAUACCCUGAGCUUCAACAACACAAAUAGGUGCAAAGAGGGGAGAUUCACGGAGAAAACAAUCAGCCAAUCUGAGUGGCAUGAGUCUACGUCGAACAGGGUUGUGAUGCCCCACAGCCAUCCAGAUCCACUUUUUGUGUGUUUAUUCUGCCGUCUUGUAGUUGUUGUUGUAUUGUUAAAAUUCCAAGGACCAACAAGAACAGAGCUGAAAUUUCCACAAUGUAAGAAUGGAAUUAAAUGGUGAAACGGACCCCCCCCCCCACGUGCUAUGCUUAAUUGUCUUUGUGCGUGGGGGAGUAUGAUGCUUGUGUGUCGCUGGCCUUGGAAAAAAAGAGGACAUCCCUAUUCUCUAGUUCCCUCAAGCAGACUCUCUGCGCUUGUUCUGCACCAAGUGCGAGAAUGAUGGGGGGUGCAAGGGUGGGGUGGGGGUUACUCCUGCCAAAGGUCAAGCAUGGCACAGACUAUCAGACCUAUUAUUGAGGUAAAUACUUUUAUUUCAGGGCUUUUAGCCACACUGGUUCCAGUUAAUCUGUGUGGAAAAUGCGUGGAAUUUUCCAACCAAAUGGGCCUCACUAAGCAGUUAUGUUAUAACCUAUGCUACAGACAUUUAGCAAUGCCCUGCUAUUGGAGAGAAAGAGAGAGAAAAGCUAUAUAUGAUGUCUAAUUUUCCUAUAUUUAUUUAUGAAAGAGAUUGGUCCUUGUCACUCCAAAAAUGUGGUCGUAGUUUGAGUUAAAUCCCAUCCCCUUCCUCUUUUUUUUUCUCAGUUUUCUAAGAUGUCAAUCUCCCUUUCCCCUUUACUGACUUUAAUUUUGUACAAAAUCUAUAUAUUAAAAAUAUUGUAUAAUAGUUUUUGAAAUCUCAAAAGAGUAUCAGUUUUGUUGUCUAUUUCUUUUUUAAGAGAAUGUAUCUCAUCAUCUGGUGACUGUUAAAUAAAUGAAA